AUGUCAAUUUCGAAGCCGAUUUUUGUUUGCAUUCCUGGAGUAUCACAUCCCCCAAUUAUAUAUGAUCCCCUCAAAGCGUCGCUGUCGCUCCAUGGAUACACGGCCAUCCUCGUCUCAUUACCUUCUAUAGGAGCAAGUCAACCAGUAUACGACUUUACCGACGAUGUUCUCGCUAUACGACUAGCUAUUUCUCGACUUGUUGACGCCGGUACAGAUGUUAUCGUGGUCAUACAUGGCUGGAGUGGCGUUGUAGGAGGUGAAGCAGUGCAAGGAAUGAGCAAAGCAGAAAGAGCGCGAAGAGGAUUGAGAGGGGGUGUUGUUAGGUUGGUGUUUAUCAUGGCAUGGAUAGUGAAGGAGGGAUUCCAAGGUGCUCCACGGGGUGAUGUCUCCAGUAUGCUGCCAUAUCUUCAAGCGGACACUUUGAGCCAGACUGCCGUACCCAUUCCAUCUCUCGCCGUGCAAUGCUUGUUCAAUGAUAUGGCUCCUCAGCAGGCCAACUUUUGGACAUCACAACUUCUUCCACAGAGCCUCGGUGUGUUCUGGAGCAAGACGACCUUCGCAGCAUGGCGGCAUAUUCCAACUACGUACGUACUCUGCGGACAGGACCAGAAUGUGACGGUCGAGUAUGCAGAGAUGAUGAUUCAAGCGGCGAAAGACUCAGGGGCACAUAUGAUUGACCGUAUAGAAAGGUGCGAAGAAGCGGGCCAUGAGGUGUUUCUGAGCAGGGUUUCGAUACUAGCCCGCCGUCUAGUAUUAGCAACCGAAAACCCGCAAGACCUUGAUGUUGAAUAA